ACCGCUGCGGCGUGAGCGAACUGGCCUUUUUUUCGCUGCGAGUCGCUACUUUUGCGAAGUUGCUUCAUGAAUGACAUCAGCUCUUCGUGUGGAGCGUGAGAUGAGCACGUUUGGAGGAACGCUGGUGGAGUACGAACGGUUGUCCGUGGACCGUUUUGACGGACGCAACGUGCAUUCGACGGCGUUCCUGCUGUCACACUGCCACCGCGACCACAUGCAGGGUCUCGACGGCUGCGGAUUUCGAAGACGACUGCGGAGCAGACGCGACGUCAGGCUGUACGCAUCUGCGGUGUCGUGUCGACUGCUGCUCAACGAACCGAAGUACUCCUGGCUCCGCAGCCGCCUCUCGGCGUUGCCGCUCGAUGCGCCCACCACGAUCACCGUGCCGGCCGACGGAGCCGCGGGCGAGUACGCCGUGGUUGUCACCACGAUACCCGCAAAUCACUGCGCGGGAUCUGUGAUGUUCCUUCUCGAAGGCGCUGGGGGCACCAUCCUCUACACGGGCGACUUCAGGCUGGACGUUGGCCGCGCCUCGACUCUGACGUCCCUCCACUGCGACGCCGGCCGCGUGAAGCCCAUCGACACGGCCUACGUGGACACGACGCUCUGCCGACCCGACGCGGCCUAUGUCCCCACGCGACAGGAGAGCGAGCGGGCCUUGGUGGACUUGUUCGCACCAAAGUUCGACGCCGGCUGGUCGCUGCGACUGAGGCUUCCAGGUGCGAAGCUCGGCUACGAGACGUUGUUCGCGUCGCUCGCGCUGGCCUUUGGCGUCAAAAUUCACGUCAUGCGCGGUCAGAUGUCACGUUACGCCGGCGUUGUGGACGUGGUGAAGUGCCUGACCCUGGAUGCGGAGACGACGCGCAUUCACGCGGACUGCGACUGCGACCUGGGGCCAGCCUGCGUGACGGUUAAGCCAUCGGCAAUGUGGUUCUCUCACCGGGUGGCACCCAGCCGGCUCGUGGAGACGAUCGCCGACGACCUGCAUCGGCUCUGCUACUCGACGCACGCGUCGCUCGCCGAGGUGCGCGACUUGGUGCGCUACUUGAAGCCGCGGGCGGUGCGUGCCAACGUCCACCUACAUGGUGUGGACGCCGUCGGGGCCCUUCUAGGAGUCCCCGCCGACACUAGGGAGCCCACGUGGAACUUCUGGGGCUCGGACGACGAAAGUGCGUGAAGCGUCCCCGUUGGGCACCUCCCAUGCCCCACGUACUUCCACUACUAGUCCAUCUUCUCAAUGCACUGCAUUUUUAUUGCGGAAAUAAUGUGGAUUUUCAUUGGUGGAGACUGAGCAAGUUAGUUUCAGUUUAUUUACUUUCAUAUAAAACAUACAUGCUUACACACAACAGGCGGUCUCAGAGCACUUAGCUGAAGGGGGACCUCCUGUCUGAAGAUGUGUGAAAUAAAUAAGCGUAAAAUGCCACACUGUAUACAAUGUGGGAUAAGUUAUACAAAUAAAUGUAAUACAAACUAAAGAUAGUAAUAUUUCAACAAAUAUAAGUACAGUAUAAGAAUUUUGUCAAUAACAUUGAAAAGAUAAAGAAAGACAUCCGGAAAAUAUUGACUAAAUAAUUAAAUGAACAAAGGAACGAUCAAAGAAAGAAAUCUAACGCUACGACAA